AUAAGGUUUCUUCUUAUAGUGCUGUGAUAUCUAGAUUCCUUCUUCCCUCUUUAUACAUACUUGCAAUUUCAAACAUGAAAACUCAAUUUUGGAUUUUUCUACUUUUUCUGCUUCUACUGAACUUCUUCUGCCAAGCUGCAAGGCCAGUGAUGACGAUUAGACCAGAGUCACUAGUAGGGCCACAAGGAAACACGACGUUCUUGGAGGGAACAACAUGGUGUGUGGCUCGACCAGGUGCAUCUCAAGCUGAGCUACAGAGAGCUUUGGAUUGGGCAUGUGGGAUUGGGAGAGUGGAUUGCUCGGUCAUUGAGAGACAUGGUGAUUGUUACGAACCAGACACGAUCGUGUCGCACGCAUCGUUUGCGUUUAAUGCGUAUUACCAAACCAAUGGGAACAAUCGCAUUGCUUGUUACUUCGGUGGAACAGCUACACUCACCAAGAUUAACCCUAGCUACGGAAAAUGCUCCUAUGAUGUAUCCAAAUCGGAAGUCUCGGCCGCAAGAUCUUUAUCGAUGUAUAAGCCUCGGUGGCUCCUGAUGAUGUACAUAGGACUUUUAUUUCUUAUUAGUCGGAGUUGCUAACAUCUUUGACGAGAAAAUAGAUAUAUAUUUGCAUAUCAUUUGUGCUGAUAUCUAUAUUUCCUUGAGCAAAAUUUUCAAACCUUUUGGUUAAUGUAGCAAUUAAGCUUUGUUUUUGUUCUUACCUUUGUCCAUGGGUUUAGAAUCUUAAGUUAAAGCCUUACUACAGCCUUCCUUACGUCUGAUAUAUAACAACUAUAUUUCUUAUUUUCAUGUUAGUAAAUAUCUUGAUAGUACAAUAUACAUUUCGGUAGAGCCUAGUCAAAAUAUUUUUAUCAUUGACUUCUUGUUGAUGGAUUAGAUUUUUACA